CUUUAUUUACUGAGAGAUGUGAUCAAUAUGUCUAGCUAUCAACAUUUUAAAUUUAAUAUUUAAUUAAUAGUCAAUGUCAGUCCACUGCUUUAUAUCUCACAGUACAGAGCUGUAACUGAACCUUGACUUUAGAAACUAGAUGAUCAUUUUAUUUUAAAAUGAUGUGUCUGUGAGGAGAGCCAUCAGGCCCCGAUAUCACCUGGACUGGGCCCAGAGACGUUACUAAAUAAUAAAUAGUUGUAGCCUUGGAUGACGCAGACAUACUGAAGCCUAUAACCUGUUGGGUACACAUUUCUUGAUUCUCACAGAUGCACACCUACUCGUGGAUUGUAACUAUUGGAUUAUCGCAUACCGAUCCCAGGCCACACCCAUUCAAGUUACAUACAUAAGUAUCGCCCUGUACACGCAGGUAAAAAGGAAUUCUGCUGCCGACUGACAGAAGAACAGAUGACAAAAAGACUUAAGAUAGAUACUUUAUUAAUCCAGAGGGAAAUUCAAGAAUAAAGUAAAGAGACUUUACUUUAUUCACAAACUUUUUCAACUUUAUUCCAACUGAACAUUCAGGAAAGACUUAAUCAGUUUUCUGUUCUCUGUAUGGAGAAUCAGGGAUCAGAGACCUCCACCAUGGCCACUGCUGACCAGCUGCUGGACCAGAUGUUCUCCUUGAUCGAACAGAAGGAGCUCUGUGUAGAGAAUCUGACGACUCUGGCCCACAAGUUGGAGUCAUCGAGGAGUUUGUUAGAUAGUUUUAACAGCAACACCAUGAAAGAGAUGCAGGACACAAAAGAGGAGAGCAACAGAAUAAGAGAAGAAAUCCAGAAACUGUUUGAGCAACUGAAGACGGAGAGUUCCUCCACAGACCCGGAUAAAGUGGACCGACACAUUAUGGCUGAGGUUCUGAAAGCCAUGGCCAGACGAAGUAAAGUGGAGGGGCAGAUCACCAUCCACAUGCAUAACGAUCGAUCGCUGGUGAUCAACAGUGUCCACCUGAAGCCCGAACUGUUAGAUGGACUUAAACAACUGAUUGAACAAAUGUCUAAAACUGGACUCCUGAAAGGAGAAUACAAAUUUGUAGGAGGAGCUAUUGGACUGGUAUCUAAAUUUCAUGAGAUCGACAACUGGACAGACCUGAUCGAAAAUAAUCGUGUGACUAAAGCCAGCCAAUUAUUGAGAGAUACAGCUGACACCACUCUCGAGUCCUGCCAGACACUGAGAGAACAGUUUGACAACAUCAGGAAGAUAAUUGAAGAGGUGGAUAAAAGUCAACGAGAACACGAGGAAAACAAGAGUUCAAAUCCAGCUCGGGACCAGAGUGGAAACCAGCAGACUUCUGUUGAAGCUCAAACAGAUCAAAGACACGAGGAUGAACAAGAAGGUGGAACAGGAAGUGAUCAGCAGGGAGGGGGUGAUCAGGGAGAUAAGGAGACAGAUAGGGACGAUAAAGACUGGGACUAUGAGCGGAGUGAGGACCAAUACAAUAUCAUCAUCUACAUUAUAUCUAAACUACAUUUUCAGAACAUGCAAAGACCUCCUGGAGCGAUAAAAGUGGCACUGCUUAAUGUUCGCUCAAUGAAUAAAAAAAGAAGACCAGAAAAGAUCUUAAAGCUCAUAACAAAAAACAACCUGGACGUCUUACUCACAACAGAGACGUGGUUACAAGAAGACAAUGCAGACAGAGUCCUGUCAAAGUCUGCGCCACCGGAUUACCAUCACUAUUAUCAGGUGAGAGAAGGUCAAAGGGGGAGGAGGGGUAGCGAUUCAGUUCUCACCGCAGCUGAAGAGUAAACAAAAUAAGUUUGACUCCAUAACAACCUUUGAAUAUGUUGUCACAGUUCUGGAACAUGAUGAGUGGAACCAGCCGGUCCCAUUCAUCAACGUGUAUCACCCACCGGGGUACAACAGGGACAAAUUUAAAGCCUUCCUGGAUGAGUUUCAAGAUCUCUUGGCACAUUUCAACAACUACAACAGCAUCGUUGUGACCGGAGAUUUCAAUAUCUGGGUCAAUCAGACAAAGAAGUCCUUCACUGAUGAGUUUUAUCCUAUUUUGCAGAACAACAAACUCGAGCAGCACGUACGGGAGCCGACACACAAUAAAGAUAACACUCUGGAUCUGGUCCUCACCAGAAAGGUUGAAAUCUCUGAUCUCGUUGUCUGGAACGACAGAAUAUCAGAUCAUUACACUGUAUAUUUCAUUGCAAGGCCAGAGGGAGGAAAGAAAGAAAAGGGUCAAAGAUGAACAGGCAAAACAAUUUAAAAAGGGGGAAGAAUAGAGAAUCAGGUUUAGAAAGAUAUAGAAUACUUCUGUCAUUGACUGCAGUUUGUUUAAAAAGGUUAAAUUCAACUUGUCUCCAUCAUGAAGAAGCACAACGCUGGUGAGAGAGUCACAGUCUGCUUUCCUCAUCACCUGUUCAACUCCCAACUGCCAUCUCAAUUAUUUUCCACUAACCUGCCCCUGCUCCACGCCUCCACAUCAGCCAAUCUGCUCACCUGUGUACGCAAGCUGCUCCUGACCACCAAUCAAACGGGUUCAUAAACUGCUCCUCACCAGUCACACGUUGCCAGGUUCCAGCAUUGUUCGGAUGGAUCUCCCGGUUUCGACCCCGCCUGUUUCUGACCAUCCCUCCCACGCUUGGUUUCUCCAUUCCUGGUUUCCGUCUGCCUCUCUCCCGGGCUGUCUGGUGUUUCCCCACGACGACUACACAGCGUGAGUUCGACCAUCUCCUCUCCUGUGAGUCUCUGUGGUUCAGAGACUCUGAGUGUAUUGCCACACAUACCAUUGUGUGUGCACACUCACCUGCCGGCUCUUCAAUUCCUGCAAAAGACUCUAAACACUCUUCCUGCUCUGUUUGUUGAUGAAGGUCAUUAUCAACUGACUGCCUGUGAACGGGUACUGCAUUUGGGUGUGCUGCCUCUGAGCCACAGCCACCUGCUACAUUAACGGAUAAUGGAGUCCAAGCUCUGUCUGCAUCAACUAUCAGUACUUUUUGUUGUAACUGUUUCUGUGGAGAAGUUACGAUUAUGAAGAGAUUGUCUUUAUGGUGAAAUUAUGUGUAUUUGUCAGGAGGCUAUAAAUAUAUUUAGUUUAAUGUGUGUCAGUUUUAGUUGAGUGAGCCUGGAAACAUCCUGAAUGAAAGUUAUGUUUGCUGUUUAAUUUCUGAAAAUGAAUUUGGAUGCUGUUCACAGAACAUUCCUAGUAUUCAGUAAUUGUGAUCAUUUCUUUAUUCAGUGGAAACUAUCAGACUCUCUGUCACGUGCACAGACUUCACCAGUGUGUUUGUUAAACUGACAACCCUCUGAAGCUUCAUUCAGACAUGAGUGUUUGAGAAUAUGUGACAAUAGUGUGUAAUGAUAUUAAAAGAACUGUACUGAACAUGGUAAUGGUAAUAUAAUCCACAGAGUUAUACAGUAAUUAAUAGAAUCACAAAUUCAAUCAGCUGCUCCACUCCUUUAUCACAGCUCUUUAGGCAAACUAACAAUAAUAAUAUAAAGUCAUUUAAUGUGUUAUGUACUGAAUUAUAUAUAUGUGCCAAGUGUAUUAUAGAUGAGGGGGAGAUUUAGGAGGUGUUUAGGAGAUUUGUUGUAUUGAAUAGUUGGGAUCUAUUUUACUUUUUAAUAUGUGUAGUGAGUUAUUUCUACUGUUGACCUAUAAAACUUAACUAUUGGGUAUUUAGAUAAAUGAAUGCUAAAGGUUAAUUGUUUUAUUAAUUGUUGCUUCCUGUGGUGGGAGGAGCUACCGCACAUAUAAGCAGGAGUUGAGGGUUCUCCAGGGGAGAAUACGUUUGAGGAUGUUGGUGAGCAGGAGACAGUUUGUUAGCUGCCAGGGGCCCCAAGCUUAAAAGGGCCCGGAGCAGAGUUGAGGUUAUUUUUGAUACCUCUAGUUACCUUUUUCCUAAGUUGUGUCUACUUGUUUUUCAUUUUUAUUUUGUUGUUUCCUUCGGUUUGGGCCGAGCUGAUCCUCACUGUAAACUAGCUGCACUGAUCCACUGCUUGGGGGAAAAAGGGAAAUAAAGAAAUUUGGACUAACCGAAUAGUUUCAAGGUCCCUUCCGUCCUGCCUUCGCUGCUCGAGCAAUCUUUAGUCAUGUACUGACUAUAUAAAUAUAAUCAUCACACAAACAG